AUGAGUCGACAUUUUGCUUCUGCUUUUUGUUUGGCUUUAGUUUUUCUUCCUUUGAUGAGCAGUUCAUGUCCUGGACAAUGUAGCUGCUUUUUCCACAAAUUAAGCGAUGGAUCAAAAGCAAGGAGUGUACUUUGCAAUGAUCCAGAGAUUACUGUGGUCCCUCCAAAUUUCCCCACUGACACAUCCAAGCUGCGCAUUGAGAAGACAGCAAUCUCAAGGAUUUCUAGUGACAACUUCCACUACCUCAACAGCCUGGAGUUUCUGUGGAUGUCUUUCAAUUCACUAAAUUCACUGAAUGUUGACAGUUUCCGGGGUCUCUACAACCUGGAUGAGCUCAGGUUGGACGGAAACACCCUCACCUCCUUCCCCUGGGAGGCUCUGACCGAUAUGCCAAACCUGAGGCUCCUCGACUUACACAACAACAAGAUCUCCUCCAUCCCUGCUGAAUCAACUAUGUACAUAAAGAAUAUCACCUAUCUGGAUUUAUCCAGCAACAGUCUGACAACUGUUCCUGCUGAUGUUCUCUCAAUGUGGCUGAGUGUGAAGCCAUCCCAGGACACAGAUUCCAAACUAAUUCUUGGUCUCCAUGACAACCCAUGGCUGUGUGACUGCCGGCUUCAUGACCUGGUCCAGUUUCAGAAGUCCCCAUCAUCAUCCGUGGCUCUGAUAGACACCAGGCUGAGAUGCGCUGAUCCGGAGAGCCUGUCUGGGGUGCUUUUCACCGAAGCGGAGCUGCAGAGGUGCCAGGGCCCUCGAGUGCACACAGCCGUGGCUCGUGUUCGGAGCUCACUGGGCAACAAUGUUCUGUUGCGCUGUGGCACUGUUGGAGUCCCUAUCCCCGAGCUGUCCUGGAGCCGCGCUGAUGGCAAGAAAAUGAACGGCACUGUUCAGGAAGAGAUUUCAAAGGAGGGCAUCAUUUGGUCGAUUCUGAGCGUGCCAGCAGUCUCCUACCGUGAUUCUGGAAAGUAUGUGUGCAAAGCAACCAACUUUGUGGGCACUGCAGAUGCCAUCAUCUCUUUGGUGAUCACAGAUUCCAUUCGGUCAGAAGAAGCAGGAGGUGGUGUUUCUAAAAGAAACAGAGGGAAGAAACCUGGCGGCAUUGGCAGGGCAGCAUACCAGGAGAAACUUAUUGCCAGAUAUGUUCCCCCACCAACCACCACGGCUGCUCAGCCCAUCAUCGAGCCUCUCAAUGGCAAAGCCGUCACUGGGAAGUAUGAGAUCGAGAGCUACAGCAUCUCGGAUGAUACUUCUCAGGGACGAGGCAAAGCGUCAGACCCUCAGAAGUCGGUAGAGGUGGAUGCUCUGAGUAACUUGGCGGCCAAUGCCUCAUCCUUACAGCAAGCUCCGGAGAAAAGGAUAGUGCGUUCGGUGAAGGUGAUUGGAGACACCGACCAUACUGUCUCUCUGAACUGGCGAGCCCCUACAGCCACAAACACCACAGAAUUCAGUGUCCUUUAUGCUAUAUUUGGUGAGAGGGACAUGCGUCGGAUCAAUGUAGGCGCUGGAAAGAACAGGAUCACAAUUGACGGCCUUGUGCCAAAGACCAAGUAUAUUGCUUGCGUUUGCGUCAAAGGCCUGAUUCCGAAAAAGGAGCAGUGUGUAAUCUUCUCAACAGAUGAGGCGGCCAGUGCCAGUGGCACUCAGAAACUCAUUAAUGUGGUGGUGAUAACAGUGGCAUGUGUGAUUGCUGUCCCUCUGACACUGAUUGUGUGCUGCGGGGCCCUGAAGAAGCGCUGCCAGAAACUCUUGGGUAGGCAGUCGAAAGAAAUACAGGACUCGUACGUUACGUUUGAGACCCUCGGCCCUGGGGCCAAAGCUAAAGGGAUGGAAGGCGAGUAUCUGACCAGGCUAAAUCCUGACGAAUCCAACAGGCUGCUCUCAGCGAGGUCCAGUGUUGACUCAGAGGCCACAGCCAGGACUGAGGGGCCACCUAAUGAGUACUUCUGCUAAAACCAAACAUAUGCCUCAACCUCCAGAGGAUGCACUUUGUUUUUUAACGGCCUGACGAUGUGAACUUAUUAGUUUCAGUGCUCAGAGACUGGUGUAGUGAAAAAGACUCAAAUCAAACCUCUUAAAAGGGUCUUCAGGGGACACUGAUAGCUCUGUCAGCAUUGGAAGUAUGACAUUAUUUUACAGCCUUGUGGGAAUAAUAACCACCAUAGAUUUGGUGAACAGCAAAAAAGGGAAAAUACACACAAUGACACAGUUUCAAUAUUUACAUGUGUUGUAAAUGUUGUAAAAAUGUAUUUUUUGAAAUUCAUUAUGCACUUUGAAAGGUGAUGUUUUGCAGAGGAAAAUGUUUUGAAAUGUUGCCCUAAACUCUAAAACCCAAUCGAUUUAUUUUUCUUUUUUCCAAGAUGUAACCUCUGCAUUGUAUUAAGAUAUUUACCUAAAACAUAAUGUAUUUAGAGAAAUGGUAAACCAGCAAUUAUUAGUCUAUUUUGUAUGUCAGUAUGAUGUUAACGUGCCAGGU